AUGGAUGAACCCCCCAAACCGCUCUUUGGCUCGAGGUCCGGACGAAGACCUUUCCGACAGUCUGGCUUGCGCAACAGCUUGAAUCAUACCGACGAUCGUGGACCUGGUGGAGGUGAUGGCGGUGCUGGGGCUGCGGACGACGGCGGUGCGCCAGUGGUUAUUCGACCGAGCGUUGGCCGGUCAGCCUCGUUGAAGCACAAGAAAAAGACUACCAGGUCAAGGCUCUCCUUUGGCAUUGACGCUGCCGACUCAGAAGAUGCCGACGCCGACGAAGUCAGCACCCCACAGAAGGGGCCAUUAGGUCAAAGGGCAGCGGAGAAGAGCGCGGCAAAGCGCGGCAUGUAUCUUCGGGGGCUCCCUUCUCGGCUGUUCCAAGACGACGACGAGAAGCCAAAAUACAGCAAAGAGUACCUGCAUGAACUACAAUCUUCGACACCGAGUACGCCGCGCGACAUCUCGACCUUGCACAUAGACGAUACCGACGAGAUGGAACUGGACGCCUCAGAACUCGAGGGCGCCCUCAUCGUCGACUCGCCCGCCGCGGCGACCGUGGAGUCCGGCACUCGAAUAUUAUCCGAGGCCGAAAUACGCGCGAAAAAAGAGCGGCGAGCAAGGAUGGCCAAGGAAAAGGAUUUCCUCUCAGUUGAGGACGACGACGAUCUUGGGCAUAAGAAGAAGGACGAUACCCGGCUGCUGGCGGAGGACGAGGACCUUGGAGAGGGAUUCGACGACUUUGUCGAAGAUGGCGGCUUAUCGCUGGGGAGGCGGGCGCAAAGAUCACGGCGGAAGCAGGAGCGCCAACAGAUGGCAGACCUCAUCUCUGCCGCCGAGGGACACAGCUCAGACGCUUCAUCGGACAGUGAUGCCGAGAGGCGAAUCGCCUACGAGGCCGCGCAAACCAAGGCGGGCAUGGACGGCCUGAAAAAGCCCAAGAAGAAGGCUGUCGAAGGGCUUCUGCAAGUGCCGCCAAAGAUUACACCACUCCCGGGCCUCGCGGAAUGCCUAGCCCGGCUGCAGGCCACUCUCAAGACGAUGGAAAGCGACAUCAAUUCCAAGCAUGCGAGGGUGGAGCAGCUGAGGCGCGAAAAGGAGGAUAUUGCGAAGAGAGAAGGCCAAGUGCAAGCUCUGCUGGAUGAGACGGGGAGGAAAUACCAGGAGGCCAUGGGCAAGGGCAAAAGCGAAGGUCUCAAGAUCAAUGGAGAUGGACAAAGUGCCGAAUUGGUGGGCGAACGGGGCUUGGAAAGCCUGGGAACAACGCCUGGGCGGCCAAAUGCGGAUGGCGAGGCGGAGGACGUCGAGAUGGAUGAAACUCAAGGCAUAUAG